AUGACGUCAAUUUUUGAUCAAUUUGAACAAGCAUCCCAAAUUUCCCAAAGGGCCGCCCCUGUUGCUGAGCCUAUGACAUCCUCUGGAUAUAUUAAUAUGCAAAUGGAUGACAAUACACCUAUGUUCUCCAAGCAAAAGAUGAAUUUCAACCCUUCAGACUAUAUAACGCAUGUCGCUGUUGCUAGUGAUUAUCUCGUUCUUGCGAUGGCUAAUGGAAAACUUUUUCGACUGGAUUUAAAAAUGCCUGAUCAGCAUGAAGAAAUCCACUAUGCUAAAUUUGUGCAACCAAAUACAAAAUUAUCUAAUAUCUUCCUGGACCCCCUUGGACAUCAUCUUCUUUUGGCUUUUUCUGCGAGGAAUAAAGAUGGUAAUCCAGAACUUGUAUAUCUUCACCGUGCAAGAAGUAAGCUAAAGUCAGUUAGUAAGUCAAGGAACUAUGAAGUAACAGAAGUGGGUUGGAAUUAUGAAAAUAAAUCUAUUUCCACAACUGGACCCAUAUUACUGGGAACAUCUCAUGGCCACUUACUGGAGACCGAGUUAGAAGCUGAUAAUGACAAAAUGUUUGCAGGGAGCCAGCAGUAUUGGAGACAGAUAUUCGACAUUGGUAAAGGAGCUGACACACCAAUAACUGGUAUCCAAUUCCAUCGCGUAAACAACACCACAAAAUAUUUCAUAUUUGUUACUACUCCAACUAGGCUGUACCAGUUCAUAGGCCAUGCAGUAUUUACCGACAACAAACCAUCACUGCAAACAAUAUUUCACGCAUACUUAACGAUUCCGGAGACUGGCUUUCAAGAGAUACCAUCUACUUUGAAAUACUCUAGACUUCAGUUUUAUUUUGACAAGAACAAUACUCCAAAGACAUUUGCUUGGCUAACAGAGCCUGGGAUAUUCUAUGGACAGCUUGAUCCAACUUCCCAACAAAAUUCAAAUUCCCUCUUCACACAAGGUGAACUUAUCAAUUACCCACCUGAAAAGACAGACACUAAAGACAAAACGGCUGAUAAAACAGAAGUAUCUGAAAGGACUCCUUUGGCUUUUGUCUUAACGGAGUUUCAUGCCAUUCUCAUGUUCGCUGACAAAGUUAAAGCUGUUUCACUUCUUAGCCAAGAACUUGUAUACCAAGACACAUAUUCUGAAGCUCAUGGGAAACUCAAAAAUAUUGUUAAAGAUCCGGUUCGAAGGACCAUCUGGGCUGUUACCGAUAAAGCUGUUUUUAGGUACAAAGUUAUUCGUGAAGAAAGAAAUGUUUGGAGAAUUUACUCGGACAAAGAAGAGUUCGACCUAGCCAAACAGUAUUGCCAUAAUAAUCCAGCCUACAUUGACAUAAUUAAUGUUAAACAAGCCGAAUUGCUUUUCUCUAAAGGAGACUACGAGAAAAGUGCAGAAAUAUUUGCUGACACACAGAGUAGUUUCGAGACAGUAUGCCUCAAGUUCUUGGAAGUGGACCAAGUAAAUGCUUUGAAGGUUUACCUGUCUAGACGAUUAGACGCUCUAAAUGAGGAUGAUAAGACUCUUAUUUCAAUGAUAGUUAUUUGGAUGACUGAGUUAUAUCUUUCUCAACUUGGUUCUUUAAGGCGUACAGGAAAAGAGGAUACCCAAGAAUUUCAUCAAAUACAAAGCGACUUUGAAGUAUUUCUUCUACAGACUAAAGUAGUCAAAUGUAUGCAACAUGUGAAGUCCGUAAUAUACGAUCUUAUGUCAUCCCACGGGGAUAAGCAGAAUCUUAUAAAAUUGACAAUAAUCAAUGAAGAUUAUGAGAAUGUAAUAGAACAGAAUAUUUACAAAAAAUCUUAUUUGGAAGCACUGAAAAUUUUACAGGGCCUUCAAAGGCCUGAUUUGUUUUAUCAAUUCGGGCCAAUGCUGAUGGAGAAAACGCCGAAACAUACUGUCAAUGCUUUGAUAUCCCAAGGACCGAGACUUAUCCCCUCGAAAUUACUACCAGCAUUCCUCGCUUGUGAGAAUGAUGAAGAGCAUGUAUCAGAAAUCAUCAGAUAUUUGGAAUUUAUGCUGCAAAAUUUUAAUGUGAAGGAUAAAGCGAUACAUAAUUACCUGUUGACAUUGUAUGCUGAAAAGAAUAAACCGGCCCUGAUGAGGUAUUUAUCUCGACAGGGACAGGAUCUGGCUAUGAUUAAUUUUGAUGUACAUUAUGCCUUAAGACUGUGUCGAGAAAAAGGCCUGUCUGAAGCUUGCGUAAAGCUAUCAGCUCUGUUAGGGUUGUGGGAGGCGGCGGUGGAGUUAGCGCUAGAUGUCGACGUGUCUCUGGCCAAGAGCGUGGCCAGUUUACCAGAAGAAACGGAAAUGCAACGGCGACUUUGGUUGAGCAUCGCCGAGCAUGUGAUCACCAAAAACCAGGAUCUUAAGGAAGCGAUGAGCCUGCUUGAGGAGUGCCCUCUAAUUAAAAUCGAAGAUAUUCUGCCGUUCUUCAGCGAUGUAGUCACGAUAGACCAUUUCAGAGAACCUAUUUGUCAGUCCUUACAGGAAUAUAACACACAAAUAGAAGAUCUUAAGGCUGAAAUGGAGGAUGCUACAAAAUCGGCCGAAUGCGUUCGUGCGGAGAUCCAGUCGUUUCGCAACCGCAGCGUGAUCGUUUCUGUGACGGACGCGUGCUGCCUGUGCGACAUCACGCUUCUGCUACGCCCCUUCUACCUUUUCCCCUGUGGUCACCGUUUCCACAGCGAUUGUCUGCUUGCGGAAAUACAGCCCAUACUAGGACCAGCUCGCCGCAACAAGCUUAGCGACCUCCAGCGUCAACUAUCGGUGUUGAGCAAUAUAGAACUCUCCACUCCCACUUCCAACGGACUGCCUCUGCGCGAAGUACUCAAGAACGAGAUAGACGACAUUGUCGCAAGCGAGUGCAUAUUCUGCGGCGAGUACAUGAUCGCAUGUAUUGACAAGCCAUUCAUAGCGGACGAGGACUGGGAUCGAGUCUUGAAGGAGUGGGAAUAG